AUGGCGAACUCGUCCAGAGAUGACUCGCCCACCGACGGCGACACCUCUAGCGGCGACGCUCCUCCCUCCAAUUCCAGCCUCUACUCCGAGGGUGAGAAGAUCCUUGCCUACCAUGGCCCUCGCAUCUACGAAGCCAAGGCAAGUCCAACGAACCCUCCUUUCGUUUCUCUUUCCCUGACCUCCAUUUCUUUAAUCUCUAUGCCCUAG